AUGGCGAGCGGCGACCGCAAGCGUCCCGCGGAGCCAGCGCCGCGCUGCUCAGCUCGAUUCAUGGGUGCAGCUCGCAAGCAGCCCGCGCUGCCGGUCCUCGCGCGGGCCGGCUACGAUCACGAGCUUGAGCGGGACAGCAAGCUACUGCGUGCCUCCAGAAACUACUAUCCGGAAGGCGAAAGUGAAGGCGGAUGCAGUGAGUUCCCGCCGUUAAUGCAACGUAAAUCUUGGACCAGGAGAGUGCCGUACUGCGAUGGUUUUAACCAUGCGAAACCUGCAGAUUCUAUAGGGAAUUGUUAUACACCUGCAACGAAGACGAUGCGAGUCCUCAACAUGCCUCCAAAGAGACGACCCAAGCCAGAACUGUACGGACCUAUAGGGCCCAAUGGGGAGCUACAGUUCCCACCGCUGAAGCCAUGGGCCGAGAGAGAACGGGAGCGUUUGGAGAAAUUGAAGAAAGAACAGGAGAAGAAUAAGUUACCGAAAGGGUUGGUUCUUCUAGAAGAUUUAGUAUCUGGUGCAUACGAAAGAAGAAAGGCGGCGGCGGCAGAGGCGAAACGACAGCGGAUUGAGAAGAAAAAGCGCGAAAAGGAAGAAGCGGAGCGCGCCGCUCAAGAAGCUCUCAAAAAACAUUUAGCGCGUCUGGAGUUUGAGCUGCCCCGCGAUCCCGACCAGCAGAAGGAGGAAAUGAUCAAACUGACAGAAGAGGAGCACUACAGAUAUAUUCAUCCCAAAGACUUGGAGAGGAUUCAGUAUUAUUUGACUGUUUCUCUGGUGGACAACCACUUGCCGGAGUACCCUGAAGAGCUGUACAAGCGAGCCAAGCUGCAAGUGGACAAACAGACGCUGGCUAUCAAGCGGCGGCUACUGGCGCUCACGUACCAAGCGUGUGUGCGGCAGAGCGAGGCCGACAUUAGGGAAUUCUUCAUUAUGGCCAUGAAAAGAUGCCUCCUUUCGUACAUCCUAGAAGAUCCCGCUGAACGUGAGCGGCUACGUAUCGCGUUCCUCCCGCCUCUGUGGCCGGCUCUGAUCGUCAGAGCCCCAGUCCCCUGGCAUACGGCCUUCGUCAGGGCGAAGCAGGCCAUGUCCUACCGUUACUACCAAGGAAACCCGGUGCUCAUUGAAUUGCGACGCAUGUGGCAGGAGAGAUACCAGAACGUAUACAUCUGUGACAUGAGGCGAAUGCAAGAGGGUCUAGAGUUCCCACAAUACCCUGACGAGUUCACUGAGCGUCUGACCAAGCUCUGUGCGGAGAUGCGAGCCGAACUGAUGGACAACUGGCUUAUUGAUGUCGCUGAUACCAUGGUCAAGAUGAGGAGCCACUGGCAGAUCUACGUCGCGAGGAAGAAGAAGGAGUCCACGUUCCAAGUUGAACAAUUUUUCAGAUGUAUCCACGCGCUGAUGUCGAGGCAAGUUCGGGAUUUGGUGGAACGAAGCAUCAACCAUUUCGCGGAGUACUUUGCGUAUUAUUGGGAUGGCAACUCAUACAGUGGCCCAUACCGUGACUACCUAUUCAUCAAACGGCCACUACUCCGCAUCAAAGUGGCGGGCAAGCCAGGCUCCACCACCAUUGUCUUCGAGCCAUCCCUCGACCAAAUGAAGGUCCAGAUCGUCAAGUGGUUUCACGCAAUCAUCAAUGUUAAUUAUCAGCUGCCCAGUGUGGAUAACAUCAUGUACCCUGGUGCGUAUCGUCCGAGGCCAUUCCUGAACACUGUAUACCCGGACGAGCAGUACAUGAUGGACAUAAUAAAUCAAAGCAUCAAGCACUUCAGCGCCAACCGUCCGGGCCCCAACAGCUACUUGGCCAGCUACGAGCCCUACCACUAUAUCCUCGACGGUACUGCGCACCAGGAGCUGAUGCAGUUUUUCGCCCAAGAACCCACGCCUUAUCUUAAGGAAUUCUCGUCCCGCAUCUACAUGUACGAGGCUCUCCGUGACGAGGUCUUGUUCCUGCGACGUGACAUCCCCCUCAACAUGGUGAUGCUGGACUGCGGGCCCAUCAACGACGCCAUGUGGACCAUCGUGGACGGACUGCGGCAGUACAUCAUCGACCACUUCAUUGCGAUCAACAGGAAGUGGAACAGGGCCAUCUGCAACGUGUACGAAGAGAUGGGCGCGCGCGCGUCCGAGAGCCCCGAGACCACGGCGCAGCUGGUGGAGCUGCUCAGCUACAUCUCGGAGUGCCGCGACUGCGCCAUGUUCGACCUGCGCGAGCGCAGUCGCACCACCGCCGAGUACGUGCUCUUUCUCAUGCAGCACGCGCACCUCAACUUCGAAGACAUCAACCUAAACACACGCGUGUUCCUCUGGCCACUGGACAUGGAAGAGACCAUCGAUCUUACGCUUAAGACUCUGUAUACCAAGAAGAACAUGGCGGAGGACAAGCUGCGCAGCCGGAAGGCGAUCUUCGAGGAGAAACUGAAGCGGCACGAGAAGGAAUUGGAACUAUUCCGGCGGUUUGACCCGCCGCUUUUGAAUUUGGAUCUGUUAAAAGAAGUCGUGGGGAAGGUGGACGAGAUUUUCCACAAUUUGACGGAGGACAAGCACGAAGCGGACGACAUUAUAAAUGAAGAAACCCUACUAGACCAGGAAGUGUCGGUCUAUUUCAGCUUGCAGACCAUGCUGGCCAGCGUCGAUCCCUUCCACAAGCUCUGGCACACCGCUUUCGACUUCUAUGACGGUUACGAAAAAUGGUACCAUGGUCCCUUCCUGGGACUAGAUGCGGAGCAAAUCGCCGAAGACGUGGAAGCAUGGUGGAAGCUGCUAUACAAGCUUGGCAAACAACUAUACGAGUACCCCGGAGCUAAACGCAUUGCCGAUAUGGUGCGCAACAAGGUGGAGAAGUUCAAGGUGCUGCUGCCUGUGCUCUGUGCUAUAUGCAAUAAGGGCAUGCGCGACCGUCACUGGGCGCGCAUCAGUGAGCUGGUGGGAGUGGAGGUGGUACACGGGCCGGAAACGACGCUGGCCGACAUGGUAGAGCAGGGCGUCCACGUAUACGCCUCGCAGCUCGAGGAGAUUGAACAGACCGCCUCCAAGGAGUACUCGCUCGAGAUGGCGCUCAAAAAGAUGAAGGACGAAUGGGUCGGCGUCAAGUUCGAAGUGGUACCGUACAGGGAUACAGGCGUAGGAAUCCUAAGUGGUUUGGAUGAGGUACAACAGCAAUUGGAUGAUCACAUACUGAAAUCGCAGACGAUGCGUGGUUCACCGUACGUGAAGGCGUUCGAGGCAGACAUGGCUGCCUGGGAGGAGAAGCUGAUCAGCAUGCAAGAUAUACUAGACCAGUGGCUUCAAUGCCAAGCAACAUGGAUGUAUCUAGAGCCUAUAUUCUCGUCGGAGGAUAUCAUGCGUCAGAUGCCGACAGAGGCUAGAAAUUUCCGGGACGUAGAUAAGGAAUGGCGGUCAAUCAUGGCAGCCACACAGAAGGAUCCCAUGGUCUUGAGAGCCACAGACUUUCCAGGUUUGUUGAAGAAGCUGAAAUACAGCAAUGCACUGCUGGAUGAUAUACAGAGGGGACUGAAUGACUAUUUAGAGAAGAAGAGGCUGUUCUUCCCGAGAUUCUUCUUCUUAUCCAACGACGAACUGCUCGAGAUCCUCUCCGAGACCAAAGAUCCAAUGCGUGUACAACCACAUCUGAAGAAGUGCUUCGAAGGCAUAUACACACUGGAGUUCAAUGCUGCUAAGGAGAUUGUCGGAAUGGCUUCCGCUGAAGGCGAGGUCGUCAAAUUGUCGAGUAGUAUACAGCCCACGGAUGCUAAGGGUAUGGUGGAGAAAUGGCUGCAGCAAUUGGAGCAGCAAAUGAUCGUGAGUCUGCGCGACGUAGCCACUGAGGCAGUGGGCGCUUACCCCAUCAGUAAACGCGAGGAGUGGGUCCUCAACUGGCCUGGACAAAUCGUACAGGCCGGCUCUUGCGUACAAUAUACCGCUGAGGUUAUAGAAGCGAUAGAAACGAACAGCCUACCAGCAUUAGUGCAACGCAGCACGGAACAGAUCACGGGGUUGGUGUACCUGGUGCAGGGAUAUCUCGACCCUGGCAACCGGAUUACUAUAGAAGCGCUCAUUGUCUUGGAUGUACACGGGCGAUCGAUUCUCGAAGAAAUGGCGGAAAAGCAGGUUUCGGAUGUGACGGACUUCAACUGGAUUUCCCAGCUGCGGUACUAUCUGCGCGGGGACCGCAUCGUCUGCUCGAUGAUCACCACGGACGUGGAGUAUGGGUUUGAGUACCUGGGCAACACUGGUCGCCUCGUCGCUACCCCGCUCACCGACAGAUGCUUCAGGACUCUAAUGAGUGCCCUAAAACUGAACCUGGGCGGUGCGCCUGAAGGGCCAGCAGGCACUGGUAAAACGGAGACCACCAAGGACCUCGCCAAAGCGGUUGCUAAAAAGUGUGUAGUCUUCAAUUGCUCAGAUGGAUUGGAUUAUAAGGCACUUGGUAAAUUUUUCAAAGGUCUAGCGCAAUCUGGAGCGUGGGCAUGCUUUGACGAGUUCAAUCGGAUAGACCUGGAAGUGUUAUCGGUGGUGGCCCAGCAGAUCCUCUCCAUCCAGCUCGCUAUACUUCGCCGGGAGAAGCGGUUCGUGUUUGAGGGGACCGAAAUCAACCUCAAUCCCACCUGUUCAGUCUUCAUCACAAUGAAUCCGGGAUACGCGGGCCGUACCGAAUUGCCAGACAACUUGAAGGUUCUGUUCCGCACUGUCGCCAUGAUGGUACCCGAUUAUGCGAUGAUUGGCGAGAUCACGCUAUAUUCCAACGGAUUUGUUAACGCCGGACCGUUGGCGCGUAAGAUAGUACAAGCUUACAAGCUUUGCUCGGAGCAACUGUCGUCACAGAACCAUUACGACUACGGCAUGCGCGCGGUCAAGUCCGUGCUGCUCGCUUCCGGCGCGCUCAAAAAGAAUUACCCUGAGAAGGACGAGGCGCAGCUCGUCCUCAGGGCCAUCAUCGAUGUUAACAUGCCCAAGUUCCUUUCCCAGGAUGUACCGUUGUUCGCGGGCAUCUACUCGGACCUGUUCCCCGGCGUGGAGAUACCGCAGCCGGACCGCGCCGAGCUAUUAUGCUGCAUAAACAAAGAUUUGGAGAAGAGAAACCUCCAGGCCACAGAGUGGUACCUCGAGAAGAUUAUACAAAUCUACGAAAUGAUGCUGGUUCGGCACGGGUUCAUGAUUGUAGGCCCACCGAUGGGCGGCAAGACUCAAGCUUACCAAUCACUGGCGGACUCCUUGCGGGCCUUGCAGCUCAUGAAACCUCCGCCAAGGCACAAGGAGUUCGGAGCUAUAUACAGGAUUAUUAACCCGAAGGCGAUCACCAUGGGUCAACUCUAUGGGUGCUUCGAUCCAGCCUCGCAUGAAUGGUCCGAUGGCGUUCUAGCAAUUGCGUUCCGUGAGUACGCGAUGUCAAUAACGCGCGACCGCAAGUGGAUAUUGUUCGACGGGCCGGUGGACGCGGUGUGGAUAGAGAACAUGAACACGGUGCUCGACGACAAUAAAAAGCUGUGCCUCAUGAGCGGCGAGAUCAUACAGAUGACAAAUAAAAUGAACCUGAUCUUUGAGCCGGCGGAUCUAGAGUUUGCAUCGCCGGCGACGGUUUCUCGUUGCGGCAUGAUAUACAUGGAACCCGAGCAACUUGGUUGGCGUGCCUUCCUCGCGUCAUACAAUACACACUUGAGCAAAAAGUUGAUCCCAGAACAGUUCGAGUUGAUCCAGGAGUUGAUCGAUUGGCUCGUGCCUCCUGUUUUCGAGUUUUUGCUGCUGCGGUGCCAGCAUUUCGUGCACGUUGGGGAGAUACAUCAGUUUUAUUCGUUCACCCGCCUGUUCACGUGUCUGCUGGAGGACGAGACGCAGUUCAGCACCGUGUGGCUGCAGUGCACCUUCAUAUUCGCGCUGCUCUGGGGUCUCUGUGCCACGCUCAAUGCGGACAGCCGGAAGCAAUUCGACUUGUUCUUUCGUAAACUGCUGGAUGGUAACAAUGCGGCGCACCCUAAGCCGAAGUCGUUCAAGCUGACGAAGAACCAGCUGUUCCAGGACAAGGACACCGUGUUCGACUACGUGUAUGACAAGAGGAACAACGGCUCCUGGAUACCCUGGAUGGAGCUGGAGAAGGAGGCGCCCCUCGCCGCCAACGCCAAGGUGAACGACCUCAUUAUCCUGACAAACGAGAACGCGUGUCUCCGCUUCUUUGUGUCGAAGAUGGUGAAGUCCAAAAUCCCAAUCCUGCUGGUGGGCCCCACCGGCACCGGCAAGUCCUCGUUAGUGCUGAACUUCCUGCUUACACUACCCAAGGAAAAGUACAUCACAAACACCAUCAAUUUCUCUGCUAGAACCACCGCCAAUCAGACUCAAGACAUAAUCAUGUCCAAAGUGGAUAAGCGUAGAAAAGGCGUUUUUGGACCGUCAAUGGGGAAGAAGUGCGUGCUGUUCGUGGACGACCUGAGCAUGCCGCAGAAGGAGCAGUGGGGUGCGCAGCCGCCGCUCGAGCUGCUGCGGCAAUGGAUUGACCACGGCCACUGGUACGACUUGCGCGACAUGGUGCGACAGGAGCUCGUCGACGUGCUAUUCGUAUCGGCGAUGUUGCCCCCUGGUGGCGGUUCAAACCUGAUCUCGUCGCGGCUUACCCGUCAUAUGCUCCUCAUCACGCUAGACUCCUUCGAAGACAAUACGCUUAACAAGAUAUUCGGAACUAUCAUGGACUGGCACUUCGCCAAGGGUUUCACUGAUACCUUAGUGAGGCAAGCGAAGGCGGUGGUGUCAGCCACCAUGGAGGUGUACAAGACGGUAACGGUCCAAUUCCUGCCCACCCCGAGCAAGUGCCACUACCUGUUCAACUUGCGGGACUUCGCGAGGGUCAUCAAGGGCAUUCUGCUGGUGCCGUCCACGCAUAUGAAGGAGCUGAACAAGCUGGUAGUACUUUGGGUGCACGAGACCUACAGGGUCUUCUAUGAUCGUCUCGUAGACGACGCUGACAGACUCAAGCUAUUCGAUGUGGUGUACAAAGCGGUGUACAGCAACUUCCGAGUACACAUGGACCAAGUGAUGAGCGAGCUGGGCUACGUGCCCGACGGCGAAAAGCUGUCCAACAAACACGCCACCAACAUAUUCUUCGGCAAUUACAUGGAGCCAGAUGCAGACCCCAAGAUAUAUGAUCAGGUAACGGACUUGGACGACAUGGCGGUGAAAAUGGAGUACUAUUUAGAGGAGUACAACGUGGUGUCCUCGUCUCCCAUGUCCUUGGUGAUGUUCCGCUACGCUCUCGACCACAUAUCGAGGUGUACUCGCGUCCUGCUGCAAGACAACGGUAAUCUGCUGCUGGUGGGUGUGGGCGGCAGCGGUAGGAGCAGCGCCGUCAAACUGGCCGCCAGCAUACUCGAGAUGAACGUCAUUCAGAUCGAGAUAUCCCGCGUGUACGGGCAGAACGAGUGGCGUGAUGACAUACGUAAACUGUUGAUGAAGGCCGGCAUCAUCGGGAAACCGGUCGUGUUCCUCUUUGCUGACAACCAGAUAAUGUACGAGGGCAUGGUUGAAGACAUUAAUAUGCUUCUGAACACCGGCGAUAUCCCUAACUUGUACGGUAUGGACGAGAAGGUCGAGAUCCUAGACAAGAUGCAGACCGCCGUCAGGGAGUCCGGCAAAAAGAUAGAAACAACUCCUCUAGCGAUGUUCGGUUUCUACGUGGAGCGCGUGAAGGCGAAUCUCCGCGUAGUAAUGGCCAUGUCGCCCAUCGGUGACUCCUUCAGGAAUCGCCUCCGAAUGUUCCCGUCUCUCAUCAACUGUUGUACUAUUGAUUGGUUCACAGCUUGGCCGCCGGAGGCUCUGGAACGCGUUGCGUCCAUGUUCAUCUCGAGGAUAGAGAGUGUCGACGAGGAUCUGUGUACAGCCUGCGUCGAGAUGUGUCAAUUGUUCCACAUGACCGUCGUGCAACUUAGCGACAGAUUUUAUUCUGAACAAAAGCGGAAAGUGUAUGUCACUCCCACAAGUUACCUCGAGCUGAUCAAGGCCUUUCAGAAUUUGUACGCGCUCAAGGUGGACCAGAUAACUAAAGCUAGGAUACGAUAUGAAACAGGACUGGAACAAUUAGACUUCGCAGCGGGACAAGUGGCCGUGAUGCAGCAGAACCUAAUAGAUCUGCAGCCUCAACUCGUUGAGACCUCUGACAAGACGGAGAAGCUCAUGAUCAAAAUCGAACAGGACACGGUGGUCGUUGAAAAACAAAAGGAGAUCGUAGGCGCCGACGAAGCUCUCGCUAACGAAGCAGCCGCAGCAGCUCAAGCCAUAAAAGACGACUGCGAAUCAGAUCUGGCAGAAGCUGUACCGGCGUUGCAAGCGGCUUUAGAUGCUCUGAACACUCUGAAGCCAGCUGACAUCACCCUGGUGAAGUCCAUGAAGAACCCACCAGCUGGAGUAAAACUGGUCAUGGAAGCCGUGUGUGUAAUGAAAGGAAUCAAGGGUGAUAGGAAAAUGGAUCCUAAUGGCAAACCGUACGAAGAUUUCUGGGGUCCAUCACAGAAGAUGCUCGGCGACAUGAAAUUCUUAGAGAGUCUGAAGAAUUACGACAAGGACAAUAUUGCACCUGCCAUCAUGAAGAAGAUAAGAGACAAGUACAUCCCAGACCGAGAGUUUGAUCCGGUGGUGAUAGCUAAAGUGUCGUCCGCCUGUGAGGGUCUCUGCCGCUGGGUGAGAGCCAUGGACGUGUACGACCGAGUCAUUAAGGUAGUGGCACCGAAAAAGGCAGCAUUAGCGGAAGCAGAGGCCGAGUUGCAGAUGCAAAUGAAUACGCUCAACGAGAAGCGAGCCCAACUGCAGGGCGUGCUCGACAAGUUACAGGCCUUAAACGAUGAGUUUGCGGAAAUGACUCGAAAGAAGAAGGGUCUAGAGGACGAAAUCGAUCUGUGUUCGACGAAGCUUGCACGAGCUGAGCAGCUGAUAGGCGGACUGGGCGGCGAGAAGGCGCGCUGGACCGAACUCGCGAGGCAGUUGCAGGAUUUACUUAAUAACAUUAUAGGUGAUGUUUUACUAUCAGCGGGCUUUAUAGCAUACUUGGGGCCGUACACGGUCAACUAUAGAAGAGAGAUUAUACAGAUGUGGAAUACACGCACCAGGGAAUUGAAUAUUCCAUGCUCGGACUCCUUCUCCCUGAUCACGACCCUGGGUGAGCCUGUAGUGAUUCGAGCGUGGAACAUCGCCGGGCUGCCGGUCGACGCGUUCUCCAUCGAAAACGGGAUCAUCGUCGAGAAGUCGCGACGGUGGCCGCUCAUGAUUGAUCCGCAAGAACAAGCCAACAAAUGGGUAAAGAACAUGGAACGUGAAAACCAGCUGAAGGUUAUAAAGCUGACUGACUCGAAUUAUAUACGCACAUUGGAGAACGCGAUACAGAUGGGCCUGCCCGUCAUACUCGAGAACAUUCGGGAACAGCUCGAUGCUGUACUCGAACCAGUACUUUUGAGAAACAUCUUCAGAUCUGGCGGCAUAGACUGCUUGAAGCUUGGCGAUAAUAUAUUAGAGUAUAACCAUAACUUCCGGUUCUACAUCACCACGAGGCUCAGCAAUCCGCACUAUUUGCCAGAGAUUGCUGUCAAAGUAACAUUGCUGAAUUUCAUGAUAACUCCUCAAGGAUUGCAAGAUCAAUUACUGGGCAUUGUGGUGGCCCAAGACCGCCCUGAGCUCGAGCUGAAGAAGAACCAGCUGAUCGUUGAGGGAGCAAACAAUAAACGGACGCUCAAAGAGAUAGAAGACAAAAUUCUAGAGGUGCUGUCUUCAGCCGGGAACAUUCUAGAAGACGAAUCAGCCAAUCAGAUCCUCUCAUCGUCGAAGGUGCUUUCGAUCGAGAUCGAAGCUAAGCAGGCGACUGCUGCUGUCACUGAGAAGGAGAUUGACGAAGCGCGACUCCUAUAUGUGCCUGUGUCCAAGCACAGUUCUGUGCUGUUCUUCUGCAUAUCAGAUUUGGCCAAUAUUGAUCCUAUGUAUCAGUAUUCUCUUAAUUGGUUUAUAAACUUGUACAACCAAGCGAUCCAGAACUCGCCUCAAAGUGAUGACCUAGAUUUGCGUCUCUCAAGCUUGAACGCGUACUUCACAAAGAGCAUUUACGAGAACGUAUGUAGGAGCCUGUUCGAGAAAGACAAGCUUAUUUUCUCUCUCGUUCUAACUCUCGGCAUUUUGAGGCCGCAGGGUUUAAUAGACGAUGAAUUGGUGGCCUUCCUCCUUACGGGCGGAGUGGCGUUGGAGAAUCCUUACGAAAAUCCAGCCCCUACUUGGCUGUCGGAGAAGGCCUGGUCAGAAAUCGUGCGCGCCAGCAAUCUCAAUGGUUUGCGUGGAUUCAAAGAAAACUUUGAGAAAAAUAUAAAAGCUUGGAAGGACUUCUACGAUUUGUCAGAUCCUCAUGAAAAUCCUUUACCAGCACCUUACCAAGAUAUUAAGGGAAUACCUAAACUGAUCAUCUUUAGAUGCAUUCGACCAGAUAAACUCAUCCCCCUCGUCCAACAAUACGUGGCACAAGAGAUGGGGCGUGCAUACAUUGAACCACCACCGUUCGACUUGGAGAAGUCCUACAACGACAGCAACUGUUGCUCGCCCCUGAUCUUCAUACUGUCCGCUGGCUCGGACCCUAUGUCUGGACUGGUCAAGUUCUCCAUGGAGAAGAAGGUCGUCAGCUUUGAAACUAUAUCGCUGGGACAGGGACAGGGUCCUAUAGCAGCGACCAUGAUAAACCAAGCGAUUGUGACCGGCGGUUGGGUGGUGCUACAGAACUGCCACGUGAUGGACUCGUGGAUGGGAGAACUAGAGCGGAUUUGUGCGGAGGUGAUAGUACCCCAAGUGACUCAUCCGAACUUCCGUUGUUGGCUCACCUCGUAUCCCAGCAAGGCUUUUCCUGUUACAGUAUUGCAGAACGGUGUUAAAAUGACGAACGAGGCACCAAAAGGCCUGAAGAACAAUAUCUACCGUUCGUACAUAUCGGACCCGAUCUGCGACCCGGAGUUCUACAUCUCAUGCCCCCGGACCGAGGAGUGGCGCCGGCUGCUGUUUGCGCUGUGCUUCUUUCAUGCGAUCGUGCAGGAACGCCGGGCGUUCGGGCCACUCGGUUGGAACAUACAGUACGAGUUCAAUGAGAGCGACCUGAGAAUCUGUAUUAUGCAGCUGCAGAUGUUCCUGACGGAGUACGCAGAGACUCCCCUGGACGCGCUCAACUACCUGGCCGGCGAGUGCAACUACGGUGGCCGCGUCACCGACGACAAGGACCGCCGGCUCAUACUGUCGCUGCUCUCCAUAUUCUACAACGAGAAUGUCACCGCCGACCCGGAUUAUUCGUUCUCGCCGAGCGGCGACUACCGCAUGCCGCCCAGCAUGGACUACAACUCGGUACUGGAACACAUCAGAGCGCUACCAAUGAUCGCGAAGCCAGAGGUGUUCGGUCUCCAUGACAACGCCGACAUCACUAAAGAUAAUAAGGAGACUGUGGGGUUGCUGUUCGGGUGCCUGCUGACCCAGACGUCGGUGGUGAGCGGCGGCGGUGGUGCCGAGGGUGGUGAAGGUGGCGGCGUGGUGGAGCUGACGCGCGAGAUGAUGUCCCGCCUGCCGAGACAGUAUGACGUGUUGGACGUCUCACAGCGCUACCCUGUGCAGUACUACAACAGCAUGAACACAGUGCUCAAACAAGAAUUAAUUCGCUACAACCGGCUACUAGCCGUGGUGAGCCGAACCCUCCACGGCGUGCACAUGGCGGCCCAGGGGCUGGCCAUCAUGAGCGCCGAAUUGGAGCAGUGCAACAAUGCGUUCGUCAAGGGCAUAGUACCCGGGGUGUGGAUGUCCAAAUCGUAUCCGUCUAUGAAGCCUCUAGGAUCGUAUGUAGCUGAUCUAUUAUCCAGAUUGAAAUUCCUCCAAGACUGGAUAGAUGAAGGGCCGCCGAUAGUGUUUUGGAUAUCAGGCUUCUACUUCAACCAAUCGUUCCUCACCGGCGUUCUGCAGAAUUAUUCACGUCACAAUAAGAUACCGAUAGAUCAGGUGCAAUUCGAGUUCGAAAUCACCAGUAUGGAGGCCGAUUGUGAGGAGGAACCUACUUUUGGAGUCUACUGUAAGGGCCUGUUUCUAGAAGGCGCUAGAUGGAACCGGCAGACGAUGCAGCUUGAUGAGUCAUACCCCAAAAUAUUGUUUGAUACUAUCCCCAUAAUAUGGUUUAAACCUGCCCUCAUAGCUGACUUCAACCCACCACCGUGCUAUUUCUGCCCUAUUUAUAAAACAAGUGAAAGGAAAGGUGUUCUGGCCACCACUGGACAUUCGAGUAAUUUUGUCAUGUAUAUAACACUGCGGUCUGAUAUACCGCAGAAGCACUGGAUAAAUAGAGGAGUGGCAAGCUUGACGCAACUUGAUGACUAGAAUUUUUUAUUUUUUUUAUUUAUUAUUUAUAAUAUUGUCAAUCAAAAAUAUUUACAUAAAAUGUAUUUUAAAAUUUUUAUAAGACAUUUCUUGAAAGGAAACAUGUAAGAUUUUUUUUAAUGGAUGAUAAUAGAAUGGUAACCCUACCUGCGUUAUACACUGGCGGAAUACUAAUGAGGAUUCAUAGGUCUACCUGUGAAGGAGGUCAGUUGGCCCAUCGUAAUUUAACAAUAAAUCGAUUACGAUGGUUUCCAGGGGGAAACUACUAGGCCGAUCUAAAAGAGUAUAUUGUUAGCAAUGUGACAGGUUUUUUUAUAGAUGAUAUUGGAAUGGUAGCCCCGCCUGUGCUAAUGGUAUACAGUAGCGGGACACCACCCCCUCUCACCCAUCUAAGAUUUUUGUCAGUGGGAUUAUGUGAGGUAAUACCAAAAUAGAUAAUAAAUUUUUAGGAUAACUUUAUAACCAUUUUUACCAGAACAAUUUACCUUCCAGUGUUAUUAUUUAAAUACUGUAUUUAAGUGAAUAUUAUUUAAAUAAUGCAAAAUUUAUUUUAUUGUUUAUACCAUUUAUUGAUUUAACAUUAGAUGGUGUUCUAUAGCAGCGAACUAUUGAGGAAUAGGCAAGCGGUGUAUACAUUAGACAUAGCUUUUGAUAUAUAAACUCCCUUACAGAUAGAUAUUGCUAGGCUUGGAAUUUAAUAUUAAUAUCUGAAAAUCAAAUGAUUUUAAAAAUAAUGCCACAGGGAUUCUUAACAAUUACUUAAUUUUAUGAACUUACAAAAUCAACCUAGAUUGCCAUUUCCAAAAAUGUACAUAUUUUCUAUAAAGUAAAAUAAUUAUAUACAUUUACCAGAUAUACUAUGUAUUAUAUUGUUUCAAUUAUAAUUUUAUAUUACUAUGUAAUAACCAGUUUUCCAAAAUUUUACUAUUUCAACAAUCUAAAAUAUAAAUAAACCUUAUAUUCUAAAUUAAUAUUAUAAAGACUAAAGGUAUGAUUUUGCAAUGGGCGAACUGUAACAUUCAACUGAUUUUAAAAUUUACACAUGCAAAUUUACAUUAUCAGCUAGUAACAUAAACUGUAUUAAAAAAAAAAAAACAGAACCAUGUGAAACCAGGGUGGACCACUAUUUGUGCAAAAAAGUUUUUUAUUUUUCGUAAUGUGAGCUGUA